AUGUAUUUACUCAUUAAUUAUUUUAUUUAUCCAUUACAUGUAUUUAUCUGUUAAAUAAAAUAAUAUAAAAAUUGACACAGUACAACUAUCAUGCAAGCACAUAAAAUACAACUUUUUUAUAGAUACAUUUUUUAUACGUACACAUACAUAUCACACAUACAUUUAUGUAUAAUAAGUUACGCUAAGCAUCUGGUUGACAAAAUCAAUUUCAUAAAAAGUUAGAAAAAUUUAUUAAACACUUUGCGAUAUUGAUAAUAAAGUUCUUAAAAUUCGCGUGUUUCUCAUUUUGCUUGAACUUACAUUACAAGUAUUUGCAACAUUGUUAAACUUUUUCUAUAUUCAAAAUACUGUAAUAUUGUAGACCGAUCGCUGCUGUGUAUCAUAAGGAUCGCAAUUUUUCAAAAAGAAAAAUAAAAUAACUGUAUAUAUAGAGAGAGAUAUUCUACUAAAUAAUUUUUAACAAUUUUCGUAAUUUUUGUAUUAAUCUUAACAUAUCAUAUCUUAGCAUAUUUCUCGUUCGGAUAUUUGAAAAAUGAUAUUGUUAUUGUUUACUUUGAUUUGAUGAAAGUCUGUUGGUAAUUUCAAUGCACAUAUUCUUGCACUCAAUAUUAAACGUACGAUACAUUAAUAUAUCUUAGAAAGCUAUUUAGCAAACUCAACACAGGUAUUAAAACAUGCUAAUUCAAUCUUAGUUGAAAAAAAGUUUCCUAAAAUUUCUUAUGGCAUUUAAUGGUGAGCUAGUAGAAAGAUGUCCGGUCAGAAAAAUAUUUAAAUUUCGAAUAACACACAAGUUUUAUGAAAAAGAUUUUCACAUGUUAUAAUGUGAAAUCUUCGAUGAUUAAUAUAUAUUUAAGUAAGCGCUGUCUAUUGUCUGAAAUAAUUUGUGUACGCGUACGCAUGUGACUGCGGAGGAACAAUAUUUUUCGAAAAAUGCUCGAGAAGUUUUCUUACAAUGCGACUGGAUAUAAGCUUUUGUCGGACAAAAAGCUUUUGUCUCAAAGAACUGUAGCCAUCCUGAGAGCAUUGCUUCUCCUUUUUCUUUUCUGUACGACGUAAACCGACCCAUUAAGAGGGAUGAGAGAGUCCUGCGAGCCAUGCGGCAUUCCUAGUGCUGCAUUUCGCUCUUCUGACGGUUGACGGACGGAUAGACAAGCCAGCCAGACAGCAAGCUAAGCAACUCGCUCGUGAUAAACACUUCGGUAGAGUGAUAUGUUAACCGAAGACAAUGAUCCGACGAAACCAGCAGGGGUUUUAGACAAUGCUGGCAACGUGUCCUCUUCGACAGAAGCCUCGGUACAACAUCCCUGCGCCGUAAACAAUGAGGCCGAAGUUAAGAAUGAGGUGCAGGACUGCCCCGAAAAUGACAGUGUACCCGGUGGCGAAUUAUACAUUGAUGAGAAUGCUGAGGAGAAGGAACAGGAAUAUCCGGAUUCGUUGGAGAAGGCGGAUUACGGAUCUCUGUAUGGUGCCAAUCAAUAUUAUAACAGCUUAUACAACCCAUCGCCUUACGGAUCGACAACAGCGUCUAAAAACGCAUCGAGCUUGCAGAGCUCGUAUCUGAGCUCUUACACGUCGUCCGGCUCGAUGACGCAGUAUCCGUACGCCGGUUACAACAGCGGGACGACAACCUUCCCGAACGUGGCGCAAAAUAUAUCAUCAGCCUCUCAGAAAUUGGACUACAGCACUUAUAGCAGUAGUUUAUACGGAAACGACAGGGUACCACUCCAAUAUUCCGGAUAUUAUCCCGUAACCGGUUAUCACGCGUCACCAGCCUCGUUCAACAUUGGGAAUAUCAAUUUCGCUGAUUCGACCAAGUCCGCGCUCUCGUUGGACUCGACGACGCACGAUGCAAGUGAUCUGACCGCACGAGAAACCGCAAACAUCGAAGUGGCGACAACGAAGCCAUGCAGGCGCGGAAGGAGACAGAGCGGAAGCGGGAAUAGUAUCGGUUCCGCGGAUACGACGGAAGCCGGCCCCGAACGCAUAUUUAUCUGGGACCUCGACGAAACCAUAGUCGUGUUUCAUUCCUUACUAACUGGGCAAUUCGCCACGAAGCACCGUAAGGAUCCAAAUCUCCUGGCUCAGACAGCGUAUAGAAUGGAAGAGAUGAUAUUCAAUUUGGCAGAUACACACUUCUUCUUCACUGACAUCGAGGACUGUGAUCAAGUGCACAUAGACGACGUCUCAUCGGAUGACAACGGGCAGGACUUAUCGUCCUAUAAUUUUGCGACCGAUGGUUUUCAAUGCGCAUCCGCGAACAACGGAAUAUGUUUGGCUUCCGGCGUGCGUGGCGGCGUCGAUUGGAUGAGAAAACUGGCAUUCCGUUAUCGCAAAAUCAAAGAGAUCUAUUGUAAUUACCGCAACAACGUCGGCGGCUUGCUAGGUACAACUAAACGCGAACAGUGGCUACAGCUACGUUCCGAGAUCGAGGUAUUGACCGACAACUGGUUGACAUCGGCCGUGAAAUGUCUGAACAUCAUCAAUAAGCGAAGCCACUGUAUUAAUAUCCUGGUGACGACCACGCAACUGGUUCCCGCGCUCUCCAAGGUUCUACUCUUCGGCAUCGGCGGCAUAUUUCCUAUAGAGAAUAUAUAUUCAGCUUCAAAAAUCGGAAAGGAGAGUUGUUUCGGCAGAGUGGUCGCCAGAUUUGGUCGAAGAUGUACGUACGUGGUUAUCGGUGACGAUUCAGACGAGGAGACCGCGGCACGCACGCAUAACUUUCCCUUUUGGAGGAUAAAUAGUCACUCUGACACUCAAGCCCUAUACAAUGCCUUAGAAAUGGGAUUUCUUUAAUCAAAAAGAGAUGUAUGUACAGAAAAUAGUCUAAAAAUGUCGGAAGGUAUUUCAAUUAUGCGGUAAAAACGGCGCUAGUCCCGUACAACUCGCGGAGAAGAGCUACACGGGAAAAGAAGAAUCCAGUGAGCAUCAUGCUUAAUUCUUCCUUUUCUCUCUGGGACAUUCUCUUACUAUUCCUAUAAUUCCUUAUCACGUGUAAUAUAUAUAUAUAUAUAUAUAUAUAAAGGAAAAGUCGACACUUUUCACGAUUAACAUAUUAUACGGCUGUACUAGCCGAUGUUAAAAUAUCUCACAAGUUCAGAGUUGGCCCUCGCUCUCGCUUUGCACGUGAUAUAAAAUGAAAGUAAAACUCUAACAGUGAUAAGCAAAAACAAAUACCAUAAGAAACAAAGAUUUAUAUAUAUUAAGAUUCCUCUGAAAAGUCUUUAACUUUGGCCGAUUCUCAUUUGUAUGUACAAUAUUAUAUCAACUAAAAAAGGGUAUUUCUUUGCGAAAAGAAUAUCUGUAACGUUUCGUGUGUACUUAAGAGCAUUAUAUUCGUAUCCUUUUGCCUCCGAUGAUGAAAUCAAACGACUUUAGCCGUUGUACAUGAUAUAACGACACGAUUUUACGGUCGCAACAAUUUUUCAUAGUUUUUUCACGUAGAUUUUAUAUAUAUACCGUCUUUUAUAUGAACUAAUAUAAUUAUUAUAUUAGUUUACUCGAUACAUCGUGAUAUAUCUCCACGCGCGAAUUCUUGGAAAGAAUUAAACACUUUAGUGAUUCGUUGCAUUUCGAUUAAUCACUUUUACAUUAUGUUUGUUCAUUAUGCUACAUGUAUCUGUUACAUUCCUCUAGCUUUUGUGAAGCAAAUAUAGUCGUAAGCAGCAUCUUCGUUAUGUAUAUUUUGGAAGUAUUCAUAUCAAUUAUAUAAACGUAUUACCACAUAAUUAAAUUGGACAGAAAUGCACUAUAGAAGGAGUAUUUAUAUAUUUGUAAAACUACUAUGCAGUUAUACUAGAUUGUAUUUUGGAAUUAUACAAGACUACUCCAGAACGCAAGAAUUCAUUAAUUAGUAUAACAAAAAGAGAAACGGAUUAGUAUAGUUGCCGAUUGAUAAUUGAUAUCGUUAUGUGUAAAAACAGUUUAUAGAAAUUUUCUGAAUAUAUCGUAUUAUUCGUUAACAAAACUAUCAAUAAAGAUAUAAUUAAAAAUGUAACGUAAAAUAAUCAUUUAUGUCUGAAAUGAAGAUUAUGAUUCAAUUAUAUCUUUUGGGAAGAUGCAUCAAACUUACAAUGUAAUGAUAAAUCCUCAUAAUAUAAGAUUAAUGCGUUCAA